AUGGCCGGGGUACCAGGCACGUCGGAAUCGGCCCAAACCUUUCAGUACCGUGGAUUUGAGACCUCCAUUGAUAUCGCCCGCCGCCAGGACUACCAAGUAGCCCCGGUGGCCGGGUACAAAAGACCAUCAAGCGAGCAGCCUACCGAGACUUUGAAGUCCCUCGCCCCGCACGGGCCAAGUGAAGGUGAUGAACUUCUAGAGCCUCCUCCGUUGGAGUUCGCUCGAGCCACGUUGACCCCUCUCGCCAACCGAUUUACCGCCAGUAGGAUCCAUCCUGGGUCGGGGGCGACAGCCCCAGAUGAUGCACAACAAAGGGGCGUGUCAGCCGUCCCAGGGUCCAGCCAAAACCCUCUGCUGUCACUCACGAACCCCAAGUAUGGUCUGCCUGAUAUGCUGACGGCCAACUUUGGUGCCUUGGGUGUCAACACGAUUUAUCCUUGGCAGGCAUCCUGCUUGUUGGCUCGUGGUCUUCUGUCGGGGGAGCGGCACCUGGUCUACACAGCACCCACCGGCGGAGGGAAAUCUUUGGUAGCCGAUGUUUUACUGCUCAAACGGAUCAUCGAUAAUCCCACCCGUAAGGCUAUUCUGGUCUUGCCUUAUGUUGCCUUGGUCCAAGAGAAACUGAAAUGGAUGCGUCGAAUCGUCCAAGACGUGGAGAAGAAUGUCCCGGAUGACGAAGAAGAUGAUCAUGAAUCACAGUUCCCACGCAAGCGAUUGAGAAGGGUACAGAAAAACAUCCGCGUCGCUGGGUUCUUCGGUGGGAGCCGGACGACGACCACCUGGGCUGAUACCGAUAUCGCUGUUUGUACAAUAGAGAAGGCCAACUCGUUAAUCAACAGUGCAAUCGAGGAGUGUAGCAUUGGAGACUUGGGAGUCGUGGUGCUCGAUGAGCUGCAUAUGCUUGACGAUGAGCACCGAGGAUAUCUCUUGGAACUGAUGGUCACCAAGCUGCUUUUGCUGCAGCAGGAUAUUCAGAUCGUUGGCAUGAGUGCCACACUUUCUAAUACAGAGAUGCUAGCACAGUGGAUGAAUGCGAAGUUUUAUGUCUCUACGUACCGGCCGGUUCCCAUUGACGAAUAUCUGGUCUAUGAGAACUCAAUUUAUCCAGCUGCCACUUCGAGACAACUGUUCCAGACAGCUUCCAAGCUGACUGGGUCAUCUUCCUUACACGAUACUAUACCUCCUGAUCGGAUCAUUGAAUCCUCACCUUUCAAGCAGCUAGGCAAUUCUGCUACCAAUUCCAUGGUAGCAUUGGCAGUUGAAACGGCGGCAGCAGGUUUUGGGGCUUUGGUAUUCUGUGGCAGCCGGGGAGCGUGUCAAAUACAUGCUGCUACCAUUAGCGAAGCUAUGACUCUACCUUCGGCAGAUACGGACGAAAUGAGCAAGCGACUUGACCUUCUUGCUGAGCUGCGGAGUCUCGCAUGUGGUUUGGACCCAGUGCUCCAGAAUACUGUCAUCAAAGGCGCAGGGUUUCACCAUGCCGGCAUGACGACAGAAGAGCGGGAGCUGAUUGCGCAAGCUUAUGAUCAAGGAGUGCUGAGAGUGCUUGUGGCUACUUGUAGUCUUGCCGCAGGAGUCAAUCUCCCUGCCCGGCGAGUCAUCAUCAACGGUGCCCGAAUGGGCCGAGAACUGGUCGGUCCAGCGAUGCUACGCCAGAUGUGCGGGCGUGCAGGACGGAAAGGCAAGGACGAGGCUGGAGAGACAUAUCUGAUAUGCAUCAAAGCCGACAUGGAAGCCGUGUGUGACCUAUUAGAUGCUGAUAUGCCUGCAAUCGAGAGCUGUUUGGCCCCCGAGAAGAGAGGCCUGAAAAGGGCACUACUCGAAGCCAUAGCGACAGGGCUAGUAUCAGGUUGCGAGGCGAUCAAAGAGUAUGUCCGGUGCACACUUUUGUACCGUACGCUCGACAAGAAGAUUGCCUACAGUAUUAUGAAAUCGGCCCUACAGGAACUCGUCGACGAAGAUCUAUUGAACUACAGAAACGACGAGUCUUACGAAGCAACGCUGAUAGGGCAAGCGGUCGUGGCUUCGGCCUUCUCUCCCGAGGAUGGUCUCUUCGUACACGAGGAGCUCAAGCAAGCAUUAAAGGCAUUCGUCAUGGACGGCGAUAUGCACAUCUUCUACAUGUUCACCCCUCUGCAGGUGGCUAUGAGCAUACCGAUUGAUUGGCAAAUUUUUCGCAAUCAACUGGACCAUAUGGAUGAUAGCGGUCUGCGAGCGCUACAAUUCGUCGGGGUUCAGCCAGGAUUCGUCAACACAAUGGUCCAGUCUGGUGCAUCAAUGAAAGAAACAACACCAGCCCAACUCAAGCAAGCUCGCAUUUACCGGCGCGCAUACACAGCUUUCCAGCUCCGCGAUUUGAGUAACGAAGUCCCGCUCUCGACAAUUGCUCGGCGGUACAAGAUCCCCCGAGGCACAGUCCAGACACUAGCGCAACAGUGCCACGGGUUCGCAGCAGGCAUCGUCAAGUUUUGCCAACGCAUGAACUGGGGAAUGCUGGCGGCUGUGCUAGACCACAUGCGCGAUCGUCUCGAAGCCGGGGCCCGCGCAGAUCUUCUUGAAAUGGCCCAGGUUACUUUUGUCAAGAGCUGGACUGCUCGGCUGCUUCGUGAAAAUGGCUUCAAGAACCUACGUGCCCUGGCUGAGGCUGACCCCAAGGAUCUGGUGCCCGUGCUCAUGAUGGUAAACCCUCGCAAAACACAAAAGAGCCAGCUCUAUCCCGGAGAAGCAGAACGAUACGCGGCGAAAUUGUUGACCAAGGCAGAAACUAUCAUUGCCUCUGCAAAUAAGAUAUGGGAUCGAGAACUGCAGGUUGAACUGGAGGAAUGAAGCCAUACAGCUUGGCAUUAGCGCUGAUGUGACGAGAGAGCGUUGAUCUUGAAUAGAGAUCCCCAGGCAUCAC